AAAUGUCAACUCUUUGCUCUCAGGAUUCAUUUUGUUGUUGUUGUUGUUGUUGUGAGGAGCUGAACAAAAAAACCCUCUCCUCUCACAAUGGGACGCGGGAACUGACGGACACGACAGUUUGAUGGAGACAGAGCGGCUCAUCCUCAGGAAACAGACAUGGUGCACAAACUUCUGCUGCCCAUCGCUUUAGCAGCAAGCCUCAUGUCACCUCAGCUGUCCGAUGCCACAACUACCAAAAAAAAAGCUCAAGUGAAGAACAACUCAGGUGUGACCCCAGCUGGGUUGUGUGGCGCCUGGGUGAAGGAGCCCCAAGGAGGGUAUUUCACCUCGCCCAACUACCCUGAGAAAUACCCUCCUGAGAGGGAAUGUGUCUACAUUAUAGAAGCCUCUCCUCGACAGUGCAUCGACUUGUUCUUCGAUGACAGGUACUCCAUCGAGCCGUCCUGGGAGUGUAAGUUUGACCACAUCGAGGUCCGCGACGGGCCCUUUGGUUUCUCCCCCAUCAUCGGCCGCUACUGUGGGCAGGAAAGCCCUGCGUACGUCCGCUCCAGUGGGAGGUACCUGUACAUCAAGUUCGUGGCUGACGGUGAGCUGGAGGCCAUCGGCUUCUCUGCCCGGUACAACUUCACACAAGAUCCCGAGUUCCAAGAGCUUGGAGCGCUGCCAGCUCUGCCAUAUUGUGAGUUUGAGCUGAGCGGUCCGGAGGGCUUCGUGGAGUCGGCGCAGAUAGCCAGGGAGGGGCAGGCGCUGCAGACUGAAGCUGUGGACUGCAGGUGGUACAUCAGGGCUCCACCAAGAGCGAAGAUCUACAUGCGUUUUAUGGAGUACGAGAUGCACAACUCGAAUGAGUGCAAGCGUAACUUUGUCGCCAUCUACGACGGCAGCAGUUCAGUCGAGCACCUGAAGAAUAAGUUCUGCUCCACGGUGGCCAACGACGUGAUGCUGGCGUCCUCUGUGGGCGUGGUGAGGCUGUGGGCGGACGAGGGAAGCAGGAAGAGCAGAUUCAAGAUCCUCUUCACAACCUUCCACGAACCUCCAUGUGAAGAUGACACUUUCUUUUGCCACAGCAACAUGUGCAUCAACCAGACGCUGGUCUGCAACGGCAUCCAGAACUGCGUUUACCCCUGGGAUGAGAAUCACUGCAAAGAGAAGAGGAAAGCCAGCAUCCUGGACACGCUGGAUCACACCAACCUCACCAUCAUCGGAGUAACCUGUGGCCUGGUUCUCAUCUUGCUCGUCAUCUCUGUCAUCAUCCAGAUCAAACAGCCUCGCAAGAAAUUCAUCAUCCGUAGAGACGACUUUGACCCUGCGCUCCUCCACCCUGGUUUCGAGCCUCCUCAUUACGAGCUCUGCACUCUGCGCCGCACCCCGUCUGGUGACCUGACUGACGCCGCCAUGGCCGAGGACUUCGAGAAGUUCCACAAGCUCCGCCGCUCCUCGAGCAAAUGUAUUCGCGACCACCACUGUGGCUCUCAGCAGGGGAGCGUGCACGGGAGUGUCCACGGCAGCCGCAGCAACCUAAGCACGAGGGAAACCAACAUUGUCGGUGACGGGGGGGCUCUUGUGCCUCCAUUGCCGCCAGCGAUGGUGGGGCAACAGUCGCCGCGCCUCUCCUACCACACCACCCCGGCGGGUCGACGGAGCAUCCUGGUGAUGAAGCACAGCUACUCUCAGGACGGAGCAGAGAGGUACAGGCCGGAGGAGGAGGAUGAUUUGAUGAUGGAUGAUGGUCCCACCACCAGCCAGCGCCACAUGCACCACCAUCAGAUCCACCAUGGCAUGUCAGGGCUGGAUCACACUGUCCACCGUACACUGUCUAAUGACUUCUAACGUAAGGCAACAUGGAAAUAGAGGAAAUGGUAAAAUAAUCAAGGACUGCAUUGAUGAAGGGGAUAAAUAGGAGGGAUCAUGGUGAAUUGAUUGAAACAGCAGCAGAGAUAAUCACCUUAAUUCUUUAUGUGCACAGGUGUUUCUUGGCCUCAUGUUUCACGUUAAAACAGAUUAUUACAUUGUAUGAACCAGGAAUAGAGUGGGUGGAGCUUGAGAAACUUAUAAUGGAAAAUACCCUCAGCCAAAGAAUUUAGGAGCAUCGCUAUGGUAACGUGACUAGCACUGGAGUACUCUCAUAUUUAACAGGAAUGGAUCAAAGAAGGAUUUAUAUGCACACACACACACACAGACACACACACACACACAGAUAUUUCCCGCCCUUUCUCAUACAUCAGUUAUUUUUUUCCUUUUCUGUUCCUUGUGUAUCUUGAAGUUUUAACUCCGGGGUAGAAUACGACGACGUACGACUGCAUCAUAUUUAUCAUUAUUUUGUAAAUGAAUGAUGCGUUUGCAUUGUUUCCUGUAUGUUUGGAUGUUAUUUCAUUUAAAUAAGUCUUUGUGUUGAGCACUGGUCCAGAAUCAAAUAGGAAAACACUGAACGAGAUUAAGGACAGCAGAUAAUGAAAUAAUGAAAUAAUUGAAACUUAGAUUUUCUGUUGCCAUGCAAAUAGUUGCAUUAUUUAAUUAUUUGUUUUUUCUUGUUCGGGAGUAUUUACUUAUGUCUAUUUAUGUGUAUCAAUUUUUUAUUUAUUCGUUUUUUUGGGGGGCUGAUUUCUUUUUGUUGUGUCUAUUUAUUUAUUUCAUUAAAUAUUUUCCUUUAUCCAUUAUCUUUCAUGACAUUUAAU